AUCCGUGACUCCGCCCGCGAACUCGUGAUUCCAAGGCCGUUGUGCUCUAUCCACCCUUCUCGGCUCUUUCAUUAACCUUUCACCUUUUCUUUGACUCCUUCCUCGAUCUUACGCUAUCGCCACGGCGUGAGUCUUCUGCCUGGAGCCUAUCCAAUCCACCUCCCGCCAUCUGACGUGCCGCACGAGUCGCUGGCGCACCGCGAGGAUUCCUGCACCAGUGCUGCCUGAUCGGCUUUGAUCAACACAACAAACCAACCCACCCACCCACUAGAUCUUUCCCCAUCCCAAGUCGCUUUUCAUCCGCAAGAAUGUGGUCCUGGUUCGGCGGCGCUGCGGCCGCUCAGAAGCGCAAGGAUGCUCCUAAGAACGCCAUCCUCGGUCUCCGGGCACAGCUUGAAUUGCUACAGAAGCGCGAGAAGCACCUAGAGAACCAGAUCGCGGAGCAAGAUGCCGCAGCGCGGAAACACGUUGCCACGAAUAAGAAUGCCGCGAAAGCUGCGCUGCGACGGAAACAUCAGCAUGAGAAGAACCUGGAGCAGACCUCAGCGCAGGUCGUGCAGCUCGAACAACAGAUUUAUUCGAUCGAGGCGGCGAAUAUCAAUCACGAGACACUCCAGGCUAUGAAGUCAGCCGGUGACGCUAUGAAGAAGAUUCACGGCGAUAUGACUUUGGAGCAGGUUGACGAUACGAUGGACAAACUCCGAGAACAACAUCUACUCAGCCAGGAGAUUGGCGACGCUAUUACGAACAUCCCGCUGGGCGAGCAGAUGGACGAGGGAGAGUUGGAUGCCGAGUUGGAGGGAUUGGAGCAGGAGGCGAUGGACGAGCGCAUGCUCAACACUGGACCUACGCCGGUGGGAACUCGGUUGGAGGGUCUACCCGCUGCCGGAAAUACGGAGCUCAACAAGCCACACGCGACCGAGGAAGAAGACCAGGAUGCCGAAUUGGCCAAGCUCAGGGCCGAGAUGGCCAUGUAGUCAGUCCCCGGCUCUUGAAUAUUAACAUACACAUUUGCGCUUUCUCUCUGUCUCGUCUCUUUUGGUGCGGGGGAGGGGAGUUCCUGUCUUCAUUACCCAUGCAUUGGAUGCUUCCUACCUCCGUCUUUUCGUCUUGCGAGCAAGCCUUGUAUUCCGUUUCCUGUUCUUCCCGCGUACUCUGGCGCUAAGUGUUUUGACUUGACUGUUCUUUCUCUUUCCCUUAUACAUUUUCAAUAUGGCUCAGAACCCCUCUUGGAAUCGCGAUUGCUCUACCCACCUACCUCAUAUGUUCCCGUCUUGACAACCCAGGAAACCAAC